AGUUUCACAAACCUCGUGUUUUGUGACUGAGGUCGAGAAUUGAGAAAGAAAGGAACGAAAGGAAAGAUGCCCACAUAUUUUCACAGGCCAGAGAACGCUCUUAAUAGAGCAAGAGAGUUUAUUGAUGUUGGUAAGAAGGAGUCUGCUGUGGAGGUCCUCAGUGAUGUUAUUCGAAGCAAGAAACACAGACAAUGGAGUGAGACCCACGAGGGUAUCAUGCAGCUUUAUCUUAAAUUAUGUACUGAACUUCAGCGGAGUCUCUCUGCUAAAGAUGGUCUCUACCAGUAUCGGAAUAUUUGCAAAGAUACGAAUCUAAACUCUUUUAAGGAAGUUAUCGAGUAUUUUUUGGAUCUUGCAGAGGGUAAGGCCAGCUCCGCAAGAGAGGAAUCAGCACAAACUGUCCUUGAUAUUGAGGACCUUGAUGCCAUUCAGACUCCAGAAAGUGUCCUCCUCAGUACAGUGAGCGGUGAAGAUACACAAGAUAGAACUGAUCGUAUUAUGCUUAUGCCUUGGGUCAAGUUUUUGUGGGAGUCGUUCCGUAAUGUUCUCGAGCUUUUGAAAAACAAUAGGCAGUUGGAGGCUAUUUAUGUACACGUAGCUAAGAGAGCAUUUGCAUUUUGCCUUGAGUACAAGAGAAGGACAGAAUUUCACAAGUUGUGUGACAUAUUAAGGAAUCAUUUGUCUCAAAUUGAAAAUGCUGAGAGACAGUUGGCCCAAGAUAAGCAACAGGCUAAUCAGUAUGCACAGAAAUUGGACAGUGCAGAGACCAUACAGUGCCUGGUUGAUACAAGAUUUGAACAGCUGGACAAAGCAAUUGCUAUUGAUCUCUGGCAGGAAGCCUUUAAAGCAAUAGAGAGUAUCAAUUUCCUUAUAAGUCGUCCUAAACAAAAAGCCAAGGCUAGCCUUCUUGAGAAUUUUUAUCAGAAACAAGCUUCAGUGUACUGGAUGGCUAACAAUAAGCUGUUCCAUGCAGCUGCUCUCCACCGUCUGUUUGUGUUGCGUAAAGAACAAAAGAAGACUUUUUCAUUGGGAUCUGAAGAGGCACAGAAGACUGCUACACAAGUUUUAUUAGCUACAUUGUCCGUACCCAUUACUCCAAUACUUAGUCCAAUGGAGAAACUGUUGAUUGAUGAUUCUACUGAUCAUGAAAAAGCUCAGAAAUUGUCUGCUUUGUUGCGUAUACCAACUCCACCCACACGUGCAUCUUUAUUGAAUGAUCUGGCAGGGUUGGGUGUAUUUCAAUGUGUGUCACAAGAGAUUAAUCAGUUAUACCAGUGUCUGGAAUUUGAUUUUAAUCCUCUCUCCCUCUGUCGUAAAGUGAAGCCCCUUCUGGAAAGUCUCUCGGCUAAUGAAGACACAUCAGUGUAUGUUGGGUCUUUGAGGGAAGUGACACUUGUGAGGUUUGUGAAACAGAUAUCUCAAGUCUAUCAUAGCAUUCCUUUGUCCCGUCUGGCGGAGUUAUCUCUCAUAGCCACACCAAUGGAGCUUGAAAGGAUUGUAGUAGAAACAGCACGUACCAAUGACAUUGAAGUUAAGAUUGAUCAUCAGUCCAAUUCACUGUGGUUUGGUAAAGACAUAAGUUUAGUUCAUCAUGACAAGAUACCUGAAGGACCAGUUAUACAGUCAAUGCCUUCUGAAGUAUUUGGACGUCAUUUAACAUUAAUGGCGCAGGCUCUUCAGCAAGCAGCUUCUAUUGUAUUGUCACAAGAUCUUGAGGAAGAGCACAAGAAUAAACAGGCACAAUUAUUGAAGAGGUUUCAGGAAAACGAGUCUACAGAACACAGAGCAUAUCUAAAGAGGAAACAGGCCAUUGAAGAUCGUAAAGAGUUUUUAGAAAAUAUUCAGAAGAAAAAGGAGCAGCAACUGAGGGAAGAAGAAGCCAAGAAAGAGAUUGAGCUACGUGAACAACAAAAGAAGAUACUGGACGAAGACAUGAAGAAAGAGAAUGAAGAAAAGAAGAGGAGGAAUAUUGAAGAAAUGAAGAGGAAAAUGGCCGAAGACAAAUUGGAGACUCUGAAAAAGACUCCAUUAGGAGCAAGAGCAUUUGCUGAUGUUACUGCAGCUGAUAUGAAGGAUCUGGAUGCUGAUGAGAUAUUGUUGAAGCAACUACAACAGAUGGAUAAAGAGAGAAGAGAUAAAGAAACUAAAUUAAAAGGACAAGAAAAAAGAUUUGAUUACAUGGAAAGGGCCAAGAGAAUGGUUGAGAUUCCACUGCUAGAGAAGCACUACCAGUCACAGAUUGAAGAGGACAAGAAAUUUCAUGAUGAAUCUGAGGCCCAGAGGAUAAGUAAAGCUAUAGAAGACCAUGAAAAGGCAUUGAAGCUUCAAUCCAGACUUCAAAAGAUGGAGGACGAGAGACUUGUGUUUAAGAAAAUUGUUACAGACAAAAGAAAAGAAAAGCUAGCUGAUGAACUUGCUGUUUUUGAGGCUGAAGUUGCAAAAGAAAGAGAAGCUAGACUUGCUAAAAGGAAAGAAGAGAGGAAGGAGAAACGCAAGGCAGAAGCUGAGCGUUUGAGAAAGGAGAAAGAAGAGAGAGAAGCUCGUGAGAAAGAAGAAAGAGAAAAGAAAAGGAAAGAGGAGGAAGAUAAUGACAAAGCAGAGAAACUAGAACAGCAACGACAGAAACAACUACAGAAAGAAAAGGAAGUUGAAGAAAAGAUGCGUCUAAAGGAAGAAAAAGAGAGAGAAGAAAGACAAGCAGCAAGAGAUGAGGAACGUCAAACGACUGAAGAAGGAAGCAGGAGGGAAGACAACUGGAGGAGAUCAGAGACUGAUAACUGGAGACAAAACGAACCAUCACCUAGUAUGAGGAGACGUGAACCAGAUGAGAGGGGAAGGGGAGCUUAUCGUCCACCUGGCGCUCGUAGAGAACUAGGAAGAGAUGAUGAUUGGAGAGAUGAUAAGAGAGGACUGAGCCCUCGUAGAGAUGAUAGAAGGGGACCAAGUCCAACACGAUCUAACUGGAGGGACGAUCGAGGAGGAGGAGGAGGUGAUUGGAGAAGAGGUGGUGAUGAUUAUGAUCGCUAUGGAAGGAGAGGAGAUAGAGGUGACGAUAGGUAUAGAGAUGAAAGAAGGGAGAGGGAUUCCAGGGAUUCUUACAGUAGACCCAAUAUGAGGAGACGUGAGCCUGAUGAAAGAGGAAGCAGCAGGGGAACUUAUCGCCCACCUGAUUCUCGUAGAGAACAGGGAAGAGAUGAAGAUUGGAGGGAUGAUAAGAGAGGAUUGAGUCCACCACGUAGAGAUGAUAGAAGGGGACCAAGUCCAACACGAUCUAACUGGAGGGACGAUAGAGGAGGAGGAGGAGGUGAAUGGAGAAGAGGUGGUGGCGGUGAUGAUUAUGAUCGUUAUGGAAGGAGAGGUGAUGAUAGGAGGGAUAGGGACUCUUACAGUAGAGGAGGAGAUAGGGAGAGAGACUCUGAACGCUUUAGAGGAGACAGGGAGCCUGAUCGCUACAGGGACAGGGGUGAUUCUGAUCGUUAUCGUGGUGAUAGGGAGGCUGGUAAUGAGGAAGGCUGGGAGGAGGUACGAUCAUCAUCUCGUCCAAGGAAACGUUAAUUUAACUCAUUGAAUUUUUCUCCAAAUUUUUGCUAAUUUUGUAGGCCUUUUUUAAAAAAUAACUUUUUGAGUCAAAUUUUUGUUUGUUAA